AUGGACAAGAAAGCGGUAAUAUAUGCAAAAGCGCGAGCCAAGGCAUAUCUGGAGAAAAACAUUCUCCAUAAAGCUAUGAGAAUCUACAAACUCAUAUAACUCAUGCACCUUAAUAGAUCUCUAUACCCCAGCAGAAUACCGACCAGAAAAAAAUAUGGUACAGGGCACCAGCUUUAUACAGUAUAAGUCUGAUUGGGUACCUUAAAACCAUUAACGGAGACUUGCCAUUUUCGUUUUUUUACUUUUCAAAAAAAACUGAAAGUACAAAUUAAUUUUGGAAAUUAAAAUGGAUGGCCAAUAAUGAUCUAAAUAAAUUUCAGGGGCUAUACUAAAAAAAGUUCCUGAUGAUUAUGACUCCAACAAUAACUUACUCCCUCCGUGAGUGAACAAAAAAUUUUGUUCACUCACAGAGUUUUUUUUUUUAAAUUUUAAAAAAAUCCUAUUUGCAAAAAUUGAAAAACAAAUAUUAAUCUAAUUUAUAAAAUUUAUGUUUUAAAACGCAACUUGUUUAAAAUUAAACAGAAUUAGCUCGAGAUUUCAUUAUGCUAAUUAUCACUUAUAUAUCAAAUUUUUUCCAUUCAAAAUUUUUUUUUUCACUCAAAGAGGGUGAGUUUUUGGUAAAAAAAUAGCGAUUUUUUAAUGGUUUUGUCACUUACGGAGGAAGGGAGUUAGGAAUAAUCUAUGCUGAAACAUUUAUGCCUGUGGAUGCAUUUAGGCAUUUUUUUAGAGCUAUCGCAGCCCAAAAGGUUAAAGGCGAAGCUUGAAUAAACAUGGGAGUCGUUUUCGAGAGAUUCGGAAAAUUAAAUGAAGCAAAAAUUGCCUAUGAAACCGCAUUUUUAUUGAAAGGCACUGAAGAAGCAGCUAAAGAUAAAAUUGAAAAAAUAGGCACUGUGAAAAAAAGUUUAAUUUCUUUUGUCCAGUCAGCAUCAGACCUAGUACUUUAA